AUGGCAGAGGCCAUUCAUUUGCCUCCAUUGGUAUCCACAUUUGAUCUCCCAGGCUGCCAAAUUGAGUUCCAGAAGCGUCAUGAUGAGUUGAAGAAGCAGUACCCCUAUUAUGUCCGUAAGGUUAUAUUAUCAGCUGACCCGUCUUUGAAUCCAGAUAAUUAUGUGGUUGUGGCAAUCUACGACAUUUGUUGCAAGUUGGCUUUCAUUAGAGCAGGUCAAAGAGAUUGGACUUACCUCGAUGAACCAUAUAUGUUUUCUGAUGCUAUUUUCUACAGAAGUCAAAUCUAUGCAGUUGGUCAAGGGGGAAAAAUUGUAUUAUUGGAUGUCAACAGCAGUAAUGAUCCUUCACGACCGCCAAUAGCAAAACGACUUACACCUUUCGGACCAAUAUUACACCCUCAGUUCCCAUGCAAAGCUGAUAAGGCAUAUCUUGUUGUAUCAAGCAAUGGAGAAUUGCUGCACGUUCGAAGGUUUUUGACACGAAAGGAAGCAACUGAUCAAAAUGUGAGAAUAAUGAACAGUUUCGUGGUGUACAAGGCGUUAUUCGACGACAACAAUGGUUCAAUUGUGAAGCAAGAUGUUGUAGAAAGCAUUGGGGACGAUGCUUUGUUCUUGGGUGAUAAUCAUUCCAUGUCUGUUUUGGCUUCAAAUUUUCCUAGGUGA